GGGGCCCAUCGAGUUAUUCGGGCCUGAGGGGCACUGCGGCGCCAAUUGGCCGCUGAGGGUCCAGGUUGGCUAUAUUUGGACUCAGAAGGGCCCCACAGGGCUCGUAAGAACACCUCAUGGGCCCACAAGUACCAACAUUAAGAUCUCCAUAAGGGCCCAAGCCAGCCUCUGAGGGCCACUUGCCGGCCUCUGGGGGUCUUAACCGGCCUAUAGAGGGCCAGCUCUAGGAGCUGCACACCCGCCUGUAAUGGCCCCACACCCAUUUCUCUGAGGGCCCCUAUAACGGCGAAUGUGAGGGCCCUCACCGGCACCCCUGAGCGCCACACCGGCGUCUCUGAGGGCCCCACACCCCUGACUCUGAGGCCCUACACCAAUGCCUUUAAAAACCCUACAUGGGCGGUUCUGAGGGCCCUUGACAGUUACCAGCGACCCUGACGGCCCCACACAGGUGACUCGGAGGAUCCCAGCGGCGUCUGAGCGCACCAUACCAGUCUCUGAGAACCACACAAGGCUCCUGAAGGCACCGGUGACCCCUUGAUAUCUUCUUGUCGGCCUAUGAAGGGCCCGUUCCGUAACAGCAGUUCUGAGGGCCCCACGCGCGCCUGUGAUGGCCCUAAACCAGUGUCUCUGAGAGCCACCACAACGGUGCCUGUAAGGGCCGUCACCGGCGACUGUGAAGCCCCCACACGGGCGCCUCCAGUCCGAGGGCCCCACAUUGCCAUAUCUGAGGGCCCCACACUAGUGCCUCUUAAGGCCCUAUAUCGGCGGCUCUGAGGGCCCAACAUCGUAGCUUCUGAAGGCCCCACAAGUGCGCAUGUGACGGCCACCCUGCCACCGGUGACAUUUGAAGGCCCCACACCGGCGACUGAGGGCUCCAUCGGCGUCUAAGUCCGUUCCGGUCUCUAAAGACGACCCCACAGGGUUUCUGAAGGUACCACCGGCCUCUGAUGGCCCUUAGCCGGCCUCUGAGGGCCCGUCGCCGGUCUCUGGAGCCCCCUGCUGGCUUGUAAAGGGUACGGGCCAGCAGCUCUAAAGGUCCGACACCCGUGUACGACGGACCCACACCACUACACCAGUGUCUUUACAACUUGACGUCUUUUUUCGCUCUUCUUCUUAAAACUAACUUUUCUUCUUUACAUCUUUAUUUCAUGCCUUGUAAAUAGCGUAAUUGUUUUAUUUUUAUUAGUGAAAGACUGCAGAACAAUUAUUUUCCUCAAGCAGAGUUAGUGGGAGUUAUUGAGGGACAAAAUCAUUGGGGGUGCCCGGAAAACCAUUGGGGGUGCUCAUUUGAGCAUUGGGGGUGCUGCAGCACCCCCAAAGGUAUACAAAUCGACACCCAUGAUUCCAUUCCAUGACCAUAAUGACUAGUCCAUGCCAUAUGGAAGUUUACGAGUAUAUCUCAAAAAGCUAAAAACAUUGAGUUAGUUUUUGAUUUUUUACUCCUAUGUACUAAGGUACAUAUAUUCCAAUAUGCCAUGUACAUUUUCAAAAAUGUGCAUUCUUAUCUGUAAAAAAACAUGGCUGCAUUUAUAAUUAACAUUUUUAAGAUAUUUGCGAUUCCCUCUAAGAAGUGAACAGCGUUCAAAGUCACCCGGAAGUUCAAAGCCACCCCAGUUUACGUGCCCCCACUUCUCUCGGUGACUUCAGGACAGCAGUUUCACAUCAUGUCUGGCAUUGCCUCCUCGCGACUUUCUGAGGAGAGAAAAGCGUGGCGCAAGGACCACCCGUUCGGUUUCGUGGCGCGCCCGGCGAAGAACGCCGACGGAACGCUCAACCUGAUGCUGUGGGAGUGCGCCAUUCCCGGCAAAAAGGGCACCGCCUGGGAGGGCGGCUACUACAAGCUGAAGAUGAUCUUCAAAGACGACUACCCGACCUCGCCUCCCAAGUGCAAGUUCGACCCGCCGCUGUUCCACCCGAACGUCUACCCCUCCGGCACCGUGUGUCUGUCACUGCUGGACGAGGAGAAGGACUGGCGUCCGGCCAUCACCAUCAAGCAGAUCCUGCUCGGCAUCCAGGACCUGCUCAACGACCCCAACAUCAAGGACCCCGCCCAGGCAGAGGCCUACACCAUCUAUUGCCAAAACCGGCUCGAGUACGAGAAGCGGGUCCGCGCGCAGGCCCGCGCCAUGUCCGCCCCGCUCGACUAGGGGGCUCCGGCCGCCGUCAGACGAGCCCCGCUCGGAGCCGGGUCCUCAUGAGCUGUCAGCGAGAGACCAAUGAUGGGCGCGGCGCGGACGGCCGCCCGCCGCCGGCGCCGGCCCUGUGAUUUUUGUCCGAGAGUCGCCCGUGUCUCUGGAAAAAUGAGGCGAUUUCUGUGGGAUUUUGUUACGGAACUAAAUUCGUUUGAGAAAGUCUGUUAACCCAAUGAAGCUUGCUCCACUCCUGGUACAUUGGAGCUCAAUGAGACUGAAUGCGGUCUCAGACAUCAACGUGCUUCUGUGUGUAUGUGUGUGUGUAUCAGGGCGUACCCGUGUGUGUGGGGGAGGGAGGGGGGACUGUGCGGCGGGGUGUGCUGUCGGUGCGGCACGUGCUGUAGGUAUGUGCUGUCUGUGCGGCAGUGUGCUGUAUGUGCUAUCUAUGCGGCGCGCGGGGCUCUGACCGACCACGUGUCAGUGGCCGCCUCACAUUUCCACGGUGUCUGCGCGAACUCGCCGUCUGUACGAGCGGCGGCCGCCCUGCGCUGUCCGCGGCCGGUCGGCUACUUUUGGUCCCUUUUCACGUUCAUCGGUUAGGGUCGCAGAGGUUUUAGCCGAACUCAUAGCGGUGGAAAAUACAGGCACAUCACUU